AAACGGAGCCAAGUUUCAUCUAAAGAUGGGAAAAACGAAGCAAUACUGGUUACUCAAAACAGAGCCAAGUGAGUGGUCAUGGUCAGACCAAGAAGCAAACGGCGGGAUCAGCAAAUGGGACGGUGUCAAGAACAAACAAGCCCAGAAGAAUCUAAAGUCCAUGACUUUAGGAGAUCUCUGUUUCUUCUACCAUUCAGGAACCAAAUCAAGAUGCGUCGUUGGCGUAGUUGAAGUAUCACGUGAAUGGUACACUGAUGAUGAUGAAGGAGAAGGAGCGGUUGAUGUUAAAGCGAUUGGAGAAAUGAGGAAAUGUGUUGAUUUGAAGGAAAUGAAAGAAGACAAAGGGAUUAUUAAGGGUUUUGUUUUGUUUAGACAGCCGAGGUUGUCUGUUGUUCCUGUUGAGGAAGAUGUUUGGAAAAAGAUUUGUGAUUUGGGAAAUGGGUUUUGUGGAGAUGGUAAGGAAGAUUGUGAAAGUAGUGAUGAUGAGUCUUGAAUUGGAUUCUGUUAUUGUAUUAUGUGAUUGAAAGUUUAAAACUUUGUUAGGGUUUUGUGCUUUUUGCUUAAUGAUUGAUUCAUGGUGGUGAUGCUAUUGAUGUUGGUUCUUUUGUUUUUUUUUCCGUUAAAUUUGACUGGUGCAUUUUGUCGAACAUGUGGUGUGCAAGCAACUUUGUUAAAUCUUGUGAGAUUUUUUAAUUUAAGAAAAACACAAAAUUGUU